AUGUCGCCCGGCACCGAAACACCAUUGGCGGCGGCGGCGGCGGCCGGGGUCACGGUCGUCGAUACUACCCAAUCAGCAACGGCCCCAAACACAACGGUCUUGCAGCCGCCUCCACCGUCUGCCUUGUCUAUCCCGGAAGGCGUGACGGUGGUCUUUGCAGAGCGCAAGCGUACCGGCCGUAUCGCUGGCGCGAAAUACAAGGCCGACGGCACGCCUUACAAGCGCCCCGGCCCGCCGCCGAAGCCGCUGCACGAGAGGGCUGCGUACAAGCAGCGCGCGCCGGUGAAGCGGAUGGAGCGGUCGUACACGGACCAACGGAGAAGAGAGGUGAUUAUGUUCUUGGAAAACCACAAGAUUGCAUGCGACGAGAACGACGUGCGGGCGCGAAGGACAUGGAACGGCGGGCGCGAGGACCAGCAGCCGCCUGCGGAGAAGGGGUACCGGUGGCCCACCCUCAGGGAGGCGUCGGAGUGGUUCAAGGUGCCCGAGAGGACGAUUCACAGCUGGUGGAAGAGGAGGGACAAGAUCUUUGGGAGGGUGCCGAGGAAGCUGACCAAGGUGGAGCAGAGGCGGCUGGCGGAGGAGGAGGAGAGGAGGAGGAGGGAGGACGGGGAGAGGCGGGCGUUGCUGGAGGCUAUUGGGUGGCCGGCGGAGAGGCUCCCUUCCGGUCCUCCUGGUGCCCCUGGCGCCUCUGGUGGUGGUGGUGAUGACGGGCAAGGAGAAGCGAUGGGGAGCGCCGAAGGUCUUCCACGGCCAGGGGCUGACAGAGAAGGGACCCCCGAGGGUGCGCCGAUGCAGAGGGAAAGGCAAAAAGAGCCUUUGAGCGUGGUGGGGAUCUCGUCCUCGGGAGAGACGCCUGCCGCCGCAGAGUUGGCGGUUACCUCUGAGGGAUUGAUAGCCGGCAACACACCUCCCACGAGUAACCCCGCUGCCACUCCCAGGGCAGAUUCAGGGGAGAAGUCUUUUGUAUUGGCAUCGGUGCCAGCGUCUCCUGGCCGGAACUCCCGUGUAGAGAUAGCGGCCCCGACUGGCCAAGCUUGA